UUCCUCCAAGUCAAGUCAAGUCGUCUCCCUCGCCGCUCACUCUGCCAGCGGCGUCCUCCUCCUGAGGGCGCUCUCGUUUCCUCAUCCCCGCCCCCCGCGCGUCCUAGCCAGUGGAGUCCACGACGACGAAGUUCCUGCUGUCCCACCCCACCGACGAUGGCAUCGUUUCCCACCCUAUGUCCGAGCUCAGUCAAGGUUUACUUGAUUAGGGUAUCAGGGUAGGUGCAGAACCCUUACCAGCUUUCACACUCUUGGUUGACUUGAUGGUUCAUGUGCUGAUACAAAACUUGUGAGGCACCAAAAUGAUGCACAGGUCUGACAUUAGCAUCAAUACUUGGUAGCUGCUACCACACAACAAAGACAAAAGGUGAGACAGAGAGGACAUCAAUGGCAGAACUAGUGCUUGGGGUAGCCAAGUCGCUGGUGGAGGGGACCCUGACCAAGGCCCAGUUGGCCAUUGACGAGGAGUCAAAGCUGCGGCAGAGCGCACAGCGUGACCUGGUGUUCAUCGCUGGGGAGUUUCAGAUGAUGCAGUCCUUCCUCAGGGUCACCACUGAAGAGCAAGUCAGGAACAAUGUUGUGAGCAUCACAUGGGUGAUUCAGGUCCGUGACCUUGCCUACGAUGUAGAAGACUGCAUCGAGUUCGUCAUCCACCUGGACACAAAGUCUGACUGGUGGCGCCGCUUGAUCCCAUCAUUCAUGCGGCGGGCGCUGCCCCUUGAUGUAGCCGUUAACAUGAUAGAUCAGUUGAAGGCAAGAGUCCAUGAUGUGAGUCAGAGGAACGAGCGCUACAAACUUAUCAGUGACCCUGGUCCCAAGCCUGUCAUGGAAGCAAGACAAUUGGGUAUCUCUGGUGCCUCUGGCGUGCUCGUCACAGCAAGGGACACUGCAUGGAAGCAACGAGAAUGGGAAAACUUCGUCAAGCUGAUCACCAAGAAGGACAGCAAGCUACAGGUGAUCUCUCUUUGGGCGUCAGAGGACUAUCUUGGGAAUGCGUCCGUCAUCCGGAAAGCCUACAACCACCCAGAAAUCCACAGAAAAUUCAAAUGCCGUGCUUGGGUAAAGGUGCUACAUCCUUUCCAACCAAAUGAGUUCAUCAGGACCUUGCUGGGUCAAUUCUAUACAAACUCACGUGAAGAACAGCAAGGAGCAAUCCUUGGUAAUGGUGUACUGACACCAGGGCUGGAUGACCAUCUGGUUCAGGAGUUCUCAGAGCAUGUGGAAAACCAGACAUAUCUCAUUGUCUUGGAUGGUGUGUCCACCAUCGAAGAGUGGAACACCAUUCGACGGUACCUUCCAGACCGUAGCAAAGGGAGUCGUAUUGUUGUGGCCACGCAGAAUUUUUCGGUCGCAAGCCUCUGCACAGAAUAUCCAUACUUCCAGCAGUUCUCAGCUGAUCAGUCAUUUUGUGUUUUCUUCAGGGAGAAGGAGGAUCCCCUUGUUGGGCGCAUGUCCGAAGUAAAUCAACUUUCUGCAUAUAUAGCUAAAGCACGUGUGAACGCUUUGCAAGUGAUGUCUGUGUGGGGGAUAGCUGGUGCUGGGAAAUCUGCUCUUGUUAGAACUUUGUACCACAACAAGAUGAGUCAGAAAAGCGAAUAUAUAAAGUAUAUCUGGGUGGAUGUAUACUACCCAUUCAAUUUAUUGGACUUCUGUAAGAGCCUACUUAUGCAAUUCCAUUCACAUUCUCUUGAGACAUAUGAAGACCCUGUCAAACAGUGUCACGGCCUUCUAAAAGAUCACCGAUGCCUUCUGGUUAUUGAUAAUCUGCAGUCCACAGAAGAAUGGGACUUGAUACAUGAUGCAUUGGCAUUUAGAACUUCUGGAAGUGCUAUUGUUGUUAUUACAAAUGAAGAAAGAAUUGCGUUACAUUGUGCAGAUAGAAAAGAUCUCGUGUUUAACGUCAAGGCUCUGGAAAUUGGGGCAGCCAUUGAUCUCUUCAAGGAGGAGAUAGAAGGGAGUCAAUAUCUGCAUGCAGGAGAUAUUGAAAAGGAUUUGGUGCUCCAACAACUUAUUUCAAAGAGUGGUGGGCUUCCAAAAGUAAUCGUUGCUAUAGCUGACUACUUGGCCCACAUGUUUGACUGGAUAAAAAGAGCCAACGCUUUGAAUGAUCAAUUUAUAACUACCAUGGAGACUAGGCAAGAUUUUGCUCGUUUACAAGAUCUGUUUGGCUGGAUACAUUCCUACUUUCGUUCUUGCCCAGAUUUCCUGAAGCCUUGUAUCUUUUAUCUAUCCAUCUUCCCUAAGUCCAAGAUCAUUCGGCGGCGGCGUUUGAUGAUGAGAUGGGUUGCAGAGGGUUACUCCAAGGACAAGGAGAGUGAUAGCGCGGAGGAGAAUGCAGAGGAACUCUUCGCGAAGAUCAUGGAUCUGAGCAUGAUCCAACCACCAGAGCGGACAAUGAGCACAAACGGGAGAAUGGUUUGGUGCCAAGUCAGUUCUUUUUUCCACGAGUAUAUCAUCUCAAGACCAAAAGAAGAGAACGUUACCUUUGCGCUGGAGGUCUUUGCACUGAAGGGAUGUUGCCGACAAACCACCGGGCGCACAGGACGACACCUUAUCAUAGAGGAAAGCUGGGAGCGAGACAGGAUUGUGUUUGAGAGCAUCGACUUGUCUCGGCUACGCUCCCUCACCGUGUUUGGUGACUGGGCAUCGUUCUUCAUCUCUGAAAGUAUGAAAGUGCUUCGGGUGCUGGAUCUGGAGAAUGCAUCAGGUGUGACAGACAAAGACCUCCGGAAGAUGCUGAAACUGCUGCGACGCCUCAAGUUCCUUUCACUCAGAGGAUGCAGUAAGAUCAGCAAUCUGCCAAGUUCAGUGGAUAACCUAAGGCAGCUUCAAAUUCUUGAUGUCAGAUACACCUCCAUAGUCACCAUGCCAGCAUCCAUUACCAAGCUAAAGAAGUUACAGUACAUCCGUGCAGGCACUAUAAUUCCACCAGAGGAUCGCAGUUGUCUUCAGCUAGUUGGCGUCAAGGUGCCAUCAGGAGUUAAAAAGCUGACUCUAUUGCAUACACUUGGAAUUGUUAGUGUUGGUUCUGCUAGGGGGGAAGACAUCCUAAAAGAACUCAGGAAUCUCUCCCAAUUGCGCAAGCUUGGUGUGUCUGGGAUCAGUAAGAAGAAUGGCAAGGAGUUCUGUUCUGCCAUCUCAGGUCACUCCCAUCUAGAAUCCUUGUCAGUGUCCCUUAACAAGGAUAACCAAUAUUGUUUGGAUGGCAUGUCCGCUGGGACCACCAAUGAAACUUUUAGGCCUCCAAGGAAACUUCAGAGCCUUAAGCUAUAUGGGCCAGCAAAACAAUUGCCUAUGUGGGUCAAUCAGCUUUCUAAUCUCAGAAAGCUAAAUCUGGAGAUGGAUGUAUUAUCGAAAGAUGACAUAGCAGUCCUUGGGGGUCUACAAGAAUUAUGUGUUCUACGCCUUCGUGUGAACCCAGAUCAUGAUGGUGAGGUCAAAUUCUGUGUCAUGAAGGCUGGGGUAGAGGAGCGCUGUUAUAAGGAGAUAAAAGUCCUUGAGAUUGCUAGCAGAUCGAAGUUAAAUUUAAUUAUUGGAGCAGAAGCAAUGGAAAAUCUCGAGCUGCUCAAGGCUGGCUGUUGCAGUACUGAAUCGCCGCCACAGUUUGGUGCGCUAAAGCAUCUCAAGAAACUGAAAGAAGUCCAGGUUAUUGGCUACCAUGAUGAAGAACAGAAGAAAAAUUUGGAGAACCAAUUUGCGGACCAUCCAAGCAAACCUGCUUUGACAUUAAGGGAAGUCAAUCCAUUGUCGCAGGCUUCAACUGCAGGAAACAACGAGCGAUGUUCAUUUCCCUUUAGCCCUACAUCAUCAUCCAGUCCGGCAAUACGACCAUGAUGCCCAUGAGUACUGAAACAUGAGCCUCCUUUUCCUGUCAUAUAUUAUUUGAGUACUUAAAAAUGGUGCUUGUAAUAAUUCUGUCAGGUUUGAGAACCCGCAUGUUCUGGAUGUUUUUGGCGACUAGUAAUCAGUCGGUUUUGAGAGUUGAGAUGCAUGUAAUUUCCAGCCACAUUCUUAUUUAUCAUGGUAUUUUUAAUGGAAAAAUAGCAAAAUGAAACCUCAAGAGUUGGAGGGUU